AUGGAGUCAUUCAAAGAAAAUGUAGCGCGGGUUAAGGAAAAUCUAAUGGAGCUUGAGAAUUUGUUUAAGGAGGGUAAAGAUCGAAAUGAUGCUAAAGUAAAAGACAUGGAAGACAAGAUCCGCAUUGCUUUCAAUGUCCCGAGGGAAAGCUGGAUGAACACCGGUCAAACUCUGAAGGAUGUCAUAGAAAUCUUGCAUAAACAGCUGGACAUUGUACAGAGUUCAACACUCUCAUCCGAGAUGAUUUCAGAUAAGGAUGUUCUGAAGAAUGCAUCUGGGGGUCUGGCUUUGGAAGGGGUUUACAAAACCAGGAAUCCUGAAGACUUCCUGGUGAAAAGAGAUCAGCUCAUUGAGAUUCCAGAUUCAUUUUCACUUACUGGCCCAAAGCAAAAUACCAGGGCCCUCUACACUUCGGUGGAGUUUUCUGGUGGAGAGCUUCUGCCUCAGGCUUCAGAAGUAAAGAUCUGUCAGAGGGCUCAGGCCUACCUGUUGCAGACAGCUUUGACUGUUUCCACUGACAAAGACAUCACGAUUUCACCCAAAGAAAAGGGAGAAAGAUUGCAGCUCAUACAAACACAACUGAAGAACAAUCUUUCAACUCACAUUGAAUCAGUGAUUGAGAAAAGCCAUGAUGAUUGGGAGUCCCUGGAGAGGGCAUUACAUUCCAUCAUUACCGGCACCCAGAUGAGUGAUGGAAGUGCAACAGUCGAGGUGGCUGUCUCUCAGUUGGAAAAUAUACUAGUGAAGCAAGUGGCACCUUUAACUGAGGUUCAGACAACCGAUGAGCAGAAUACACCAGUGAAUAACAAAAGUGAAAAAACUAGUAGCUUUAUGGAUUUGCUUCUGAAGUUGGGCCUCCAAGACUCCUACCCCAAAAAGAUGAUAAAAUCUAAUGUUCUUCUCAUAGACAAAUUAUCUCUGAGUAUAAAAGAGCCCAAAACAGAGAAAGACUUGAGCUCCCUUUAUCUCUACAAACUCAUGACAUUGGACUACAGAGCCAGGUAUCUGUUUGUAAAACCUGAGGCAACUAACAUGGAUUUUGGGGAGGAUGGUGCAAAUGCUGAAGAUGAUGAUGAUGAUGACUUCUUUGAUUUUGUUGAUAAAUCAGACACGGUGGUGAGAGUCAAACAGGCGCAAAUUCACCCAAUGGAUGUGCACAUGGCCAUUUUCCACUGCUCCAAUGAUUUCCUGCGACAGUACAUUUUUACGAAACUCUCUGCUUGUCAGUUUAGCCUACCCUUCUUGGUACCUAACCCCUGUACAGAUGAAGUGGAAUUCCCUCUCUGGGCACUCCGACACAUCAGGAAAUCAUGGCAUAGCAAAAAACAAACUGCAUCUAGCGGCUGUGGGAAGUACUACAACAGACAAAUGUUCAACACACCAGUGCCAGUUGUUUCCUUCAUUAGAUUGGGAGUUUCUGAUUCCAACUCCAAGUCCCAGAUAUUGGAUGGUGUCAUUAGCGAACAGAAGCACAGUGUGUUCUUCCACCGUCAUUGCAAAGGCAGCACUCCAGACAGCCUGCUCAUGAAUGGAGUUGUGGAGAUUGCAUGGUACUGUCCUGGAGGGAAGGAAGACGACGUAUUUGAUGACUGUGUGGCCUUUCUGAACCUUCAUGGUGACGCAGCAAAACACCCAAAACAACUCGAGUUUCUUCAAGCAGUAAGUACAGUCAAUGUGCUUCUACUUUCAGAGCACCCUCUGAGUGAAACCGCCAAAGAGGUCUCCCAGAAACUGUCCAAGUCCUCUGUCCCCUUGAUCUGCUUGUUCUCAGCUAAGGAUAAUAUUCAGCCAUCAAAAAACCCCACAAAGGUGAGGCUAGCUGCAAAGAACAGGAAUCAGGCUAAAUUUACAGAGGAACUGAUUUCAAGCAUCAAACAGUGCAUCAGUAAAUAUAAGCAGACUGCAACAAUUGAAAAGUGCUGUGAAGAGGCAAGGAAACUACAGUUCAUAGUCGACGAGGAUAAGCCAUCAUGCAAGGAUGGGUACAAAAAGGCCCAGACAUUAAUGUGCCUUCUGAAAGAUGUGAAGGAUGUAUCCACCCUGAAGCAGAGGAUUUUACCACUGCAAGGUCAAUUGUGGCAUGAGUGGUGCAACAAGAACAAAGAGCAGUAUCGACUGCAAGUCAGAGAAAAGGAAAGUAUCGAACAGCAGCAGAGUACAAUCUCAGCUCAGAUGACCAAAAUCCGUAAGGAACAACUUCGUGAAGCCACUCCUCUCAAUGACUUCAUGAGAUCAUUCCUGGAAUGCUUGACAACGCCUGCUCAGUUUGAAGACACACAUCUGUACAUGCUGCAGUGGCUUAGGAUCCUCCUAGAUGAUCUCACCACUGAUGAGCUUGCAUUGCUUGAAGAGGACUAUAACUCAACUUGGAGAAAAAUGAAAAAUGUAUCCAAAGAUAAAGAAAAAGCAUUUCUUGUACAAUCUCUGCAAACCAAGCUGGACAGAAUAACAGACAAAAUGGCCGCUACUACAGUUGGACUUCAGCAUAUUAUGAGAGAGGUCAGUCAACUCUAUGAGGCCAUUCAGAUGUGCACACAAGCCAAGAAAAACACUAAACAAUACGCCACACUUCCAAAAAUAGGGGUGACAAUGCUGCUCUCUGGGUAUCCGCUUGAAAUAAUGGAUGGGGAUGCUGCCCAUGUCCCUUUAACAUGGAUUAAGGCUGUCCUGGAUGAGCUCAUCAAAACCCUUGGAGACAAAAAGGUGUUUGUUCUGUCCAUUUUGGGGCUUCAAAGCUCUGGGAAAUCCACACUGCUGAACACCAUGUUCGGUCUUCAGUUUGCUGUGAGCGCUGGGAGAUGUACCCGCGGAGCCUUCAUGCAGCUUGUAAAAGUGGAGUCCAGCAUUAGAAAUGACCUCGGAUACGACUUUGUCCUCAUUGUGGACACGGAGGGACUCAGAUCUCCAGAGCUCAGUACAAAGAUAUCGCUGAGCCAUGACAACGAGCUCGCCACUUUCAUCAUCGGACUUGGCGACGCAACAGUCAUCAAUAUCAUGGGGGAGAACCCUUCUGAGAUGCACGACAUUCUUCAGAUUUGCGUGCAGGCCUUCUUGAGAAUGAAACAGGUUAAAAUCACACCUAGUUGCAUUUUUGUGCACCAGAAUGUUGCAGAAUCAUCAGCUGGAGAUAAAAACAUUGAGGGGAGGAGACGUCUCCUGGAGAGACUGGAUGAAAUGGCUCAACUGGCAGCAAAAGAGGAGAAUGUUGAUGGUGUCACUUGCUUCAGUGAUGUCAUACACUUUGACAUUGAAACACAAGUUUUUUACUUCAAAAAUCUUCUACAGGGAGACCCUCCCAUGGCCCCACCUAAUCCCUCAUAUAGCCAGAAUGUUCAAGAACUGAAGAUCAAGCUCCUAACAGCUGCAUCAUGGCAGGAGAAAUGUAAAUUUUCCUCACUGUCAGAAUUCAAAUAUAGAGUUUCUGACCUUUGGACUGCACUGCUGCAGGAGAACUUUGUGUUCAGCUUCAAAAACACAGUUGAAAUGAUGGUGUACAGCUCUUUGGAAAGUAAGUAUGGAGAGUGGUCAUGGCACCUGAGGAAAUUUUCCCUGAGCCUUCAGACUAAACUGGAGAAUCAGAUCGCUAGCAACUUAAUUCAGAAUGUGACUUUUGCAGAUCUGAUGAAAAAGUAUGACAAAGUCUAUGAACCUCUCAAGACUGAGAUAGAGAAGUAUUUCAAAGAAGACAAAAACAAAGAGACCCUCAUAAAGUGGAAGACAAAUAUUGACAAGCGUUUUGAAAGCCUGAAGAGUGAGCUCAUUGAUGGGACUCUGAAAAAAUGUAAGGAAUUACUCACCUCCAAGCAAAACAGGUCAGAGCUGGACAAGAGGAAAACCCAAUACACAAAUGAGCUGACUCAGCAGAGCAAACGUCUAGCAUCUAAACUUAAAACACAGCAACUGACAGAUAAGCAGGUGACGAAGAAGUUUGAUGAUCUCUGGAGUAACUGGACAGCUGAGGUGUUGAAAUCACAACCCCCUGAGGAGCCACUGAAUGUGAAAGCUGUAGUGGAAUCAGUCCUCCUAAGCCAGUUCCGUAAACAACCAGGCAUCCAAGACAAAAUUAAAAAAGGAUUGUUUAAGUUUGAUCCAAAAAAACACAUUCAGCAAAAUGUCUUUCAAAGGACAUUGGAUUGGAUGCGUGGCAGAGGACAUGAUGUAGAGGUUCUCAAAAAUGAUAUUAUUCAUGCAGUCAACAAAUACAUCACUGCCAAAGAAAAUGACAAGAAGGACUUUGAUCAGAACUUCAUUUAUGAAAUUUUAUCAAAUAUUGAAAAGGACAUUCUUGCAUUUGAGGACAAACCAGAUGCUCAUAAAUUCACCAAAGAAUUCAGGGUGGACUUGUCGGUCUAUCUUUGUCUCAAAAAUGUUUCAAGAUUUCAGAGGAUGCAUGAGGAAUUCAAGACUGCAAAUGAUCCACUAACAUAUCUGCAAAGUCAAAGAGACAAAUAUUUCCAAUCUUUCAAAAACUACUGCAAAGGAGCCAGCUCUGUGAAAAUAUUUGUUGAUUUUCUGUGUGACCACAUCACACCAGAGGUUCUGAAGGCAGCAAAUGAGAAACUCAGUCAGCAGAUAGCAGAUGAGUUGAAGCUCAACAACCAAGCUCUCAGUGGCAACCGAUCAAAUCUUGAAAAUCAUAUACUAAAACAUCUGGCAACUCAGGAGGACUUCAGCAUGUAUGAGGAGUAUAUUGAUUACCCAAAGAGAUACUUUGAAAGAUUUAUCCAGGAAAAGGUAGAUGAAUUUUGUUGUGAUACCAAAAAGCUGGGCACAAUCCAUCAGGAGAGCCUGGAGACCAUGAAAAAUCAGUUAUUAACAGCAAGCACAGAUGUAACUACAGAAGUGGAUGAAAAGGCAGGCAAUGCAAGCAUGUGGCUUGACUUGUUCUGUAGAAAUGUGGGGCAUCUCAUUACAAUAAUGAGAAAUGAAUUGCAUUGCAUUGAAAAUGAAGACAUCAAAGACUGGCAGUUCUUUAAAGAAAUGAUGGCCAAAUCCCUGGAAGAGAUGGUUAAGGACAAAAAGAUGGAUGUGGAGGCAUUGAGAGAGAAACCUACCAAAAUUCUUUUUCAGCAGGUCGAGGGAUGUUGGGCCCAGUGUCCUUUCUGCAAAGCCAUCUGCACAAACACCAUCCCCAACCAUGAUAAAAGACACAGCGUUAGGUUUCAUCGCUGUGAGGCUCUGGCUGGCUACCAUUAUCAUAACACAGACCAUUUUUCUGUAGAUUUUUGUACCACAUCAGUUAACAGUGAUGCAAAAUUCUUUGCUCGUAAGAAGGAUAAAUGGAUCCCCUUCAAGACAUACAGGGAUGCUGGAGACCCAUACGAUACAUGGAGCAUUACUGCAGAUGGCAGUGAGCAGCGCUACUGGAAAUGGUUCAUCUGUAAGUUUCAGUCAGAAUGGGAGCAAAAGUAUGGAUAUAAAUUCAAAGACCGUGGAAAUAUCCCGGAUGAAUGGAACAGUUUCACGAGAGAAUCUGCUUUGGAAGAGUUGCAAUAG